AUGGAAUGCCAUAGUGAACUAGUCAUACGUCCAUGUGCUUUGAAACAAUUAAAUCAAGACACAGAUAUUAUCAUCCUUCCAGCAAAUAAAGACUCCACAUAUGAAAAACUUAAGAAAGACCCUACUGCUUCACUUAAAACUCUCACCACCAAUUUUAUUAAGAAAAACAAUCUCCCAGACAUGUCAAUACCCAGAAACGCGGUACCACUUAGACUAUAUGGACUACCCAAAAUCCAUAAAAACAACAUACCCCUCAGACCCAUAGUAAGCGCUAUAAACUCGCCUACAUACGAUCUAGCUUGCUUCCUGGUCAGCAUACUAGAAUCUCUCACGGGUGCAGCUAUGGGAUCACCGAUAUCUCUAAUCAUAGCAAACAUAUUUAUGGAACACUUCGAAUCUCAGGCCAUCAAAAAAAGCCACAAACAUGGUACCGAAACAGAACAACAUGGUAAACUUCCAUUUGUAGAUGUUCUGGUCACAAGAAAACCAGACGGAUCUUUAGGCCACCAAAUCUAUAGAAAAUCCACCCACACCAAUCGAUAUUUACACGCGGCAUCACAUCAUCACCCAGCCCAAAAACAAGCUGUGAUAAACUCGUUGAUCUAUAGAGCAUUUACUAUAUGCGACAAAGACAGCAUUCAAAACGAACUCAAAAAAUUAAAAAACACUCUACAAAUAAAUGGCUACACACUGCAACAAAUAAACGAAGUAAUUAAAAAACAUCAAAAUAAACCCUCUACCACCACUCAAAAAACACCAGCACCAGAACAAACAACAAACUUAAAGAAAGGAACCACUUACCUCCCAUACAUAAAGAGUGUCACAGAUAAGAUUGGCAGAAUCCUGAACAAACACAACAUACAAACGGUCUACAAACCAACGAAUAAAAUAGGACAGAUUCUUAACAAUCCAAAAGACAAAAGACCGCUAUUAGACACACCAGGAGUGUACAAAAUACCUUGUUCAUACGGUAAAGUAUAC